UAUCUAAAUUCAUCACUUUCAAAAUCUGGAAAAGGAUAUUUGUCAAAUUAUACAUUUUUCUGCUAAUCUUUCCAUUUAGUUUGAGUAAGAAAAAGUGAAAAACCCAAUUGCAUGGCUCAGCAUUUGAGUGCUUGUUCAUCUUCAAUAGCAGUGAAAGUUUCUUCCUUUACUAAGAAUGAGACUUGUUUUCUGCCAUCUUCUUCCGUUAAUUUUCCUUCAAAGCUUCAAUCUUCCAAAUGGGUAUCUUGUAUUCUUUCAAGAAUUUACAAAACAAGGUGUUUCAGUUCAGAUUCUUCAAAUGGGCAUCAUUUAAAUGCAAUUUCUCUUCAAGAUGAUAUGCUUGUUACUCCAAAUGUUGCAAAAAACAUUGAACCACAAGAGGAUUUCGAGUCGUUUCCCACUUUGGAAUUUGUUAGAGAGCCCACACUUAGCAUAAUUGUAGUUGGUGCCUCGGGAGAUCUUGCCAAAAAGAAGAUAUUUCCUGCAAUAUUUGCUCUCUAUUAUGAAGGAUUUCUUCCCGAGAACUUCAAUGUCUUUGGCUAUUCACGAACAAAGAUGAAUGACGAGGAGCUGCGGAACUUGAUCAGCACAACCUUAACCUGUAGAGUAGACAAGAGGGAAAAUUGUGAAGAUAAAAUGAAUGAAUUUUUGAAGAGAUGUUUUUACCAUUCCGGUCUGUAUAAUUCCGAGGAAGACUUUGCUGAAUUGGACCGUAAGCUUAAAGAAAAAGAGGCUGGUAGACUGGCCAGUAGGCUAUUUUACCUUUCAAUACCGCCAAACAUUUUUGUUGAUGUGGUACGAUGUGCUAGCCAUCGAGCUUCUUCUGAGAGUGGAUGGACAAGGGUUAUUGUUGAAAAACCAUUUGGACGUGAUUCAGAUUCAUCUCGUGAAUUAACUAGAAGCUUUAAACAAUACUUGACUGAGGACCAAAUAUUCAGGAUUGACCAUUACUUGGGGAAAGAGCUCGUUGAGAAUUUAUCGGUUCUGCGCUUUUCAAAUCUAGUUUUUGAGCCUUUAUGGUCAAGAAACUACAUCAGAAAUGUCCAGCUGAUAUUCUCGGAAGACUUUGGUACCGAAGGACGAGGGGGAUACUUUGAUAAUUAUGGAAUAAUCCGCGAUAUAAUGCAAAACCAUCUUCUUCAAAUUCUAGCGUUGUUCGCAAUGGAAACACCCGUUAGCUUAGAUGCCGAGGAUAUCAGAAAUGAAAAGGUGAAAGUUCUAAGGUCAAUGAGACCACUUCAGCUGCAAGAUGUCGUGGUGGGUCAAUACAAGGGUCAUAGCAAAGGAGCAAAAACAUAUCCUGGCUAUACGGAUGAUCCGACUGUGCCAAAUAAUAGUAUCACUCCUACUUUUGCAGCGGCAGCAUUGUUCAUUGACAAUGCUCGAUGGGAUGGAGUUCCUUUCCUAAUGAAAGCGGGAAAAGCUCUUCAUACAAAGAGAGCUGAAAUCCGAGUGCAAUUUAGGCAUGUACCGGGAAACUUGUACAAAACAAAUUUCGGUACUGACUUGGAUAAAGCAACCAAUGAGCUUGUACUACGGGUGCAACCGGAUGAAGCAAUUUUCUUAAAGAUCAACAACAAGGUUCCUGGACUUGGCAUGAGAUUGGACCGCAGUGACCUUAAUUUGCUUUACAGUGCAAGGUAUCGAGGAGAAAUACCGGAUGCAUACGAGAGGUUGCUUCUGGAUGCCAUAGAAGGAGAACGAAGGCUAUUCAUUAGAAGUGAUGAGCUCGAUGCUGCUUGGUCGUUGUUCACGCCACUAUUAAAGGAGCUCGAGCAGAAAAGGAUAGCACCGGAGUUGUACCCUUACGGUAGUAGGGGACCCGUAGGAGCGCAUUAUCUUGCCGCUAAGCACAAUGUCCGAUGGGGUGAUCUUAGUGGCGAGGAUUCAUGACUUUGAAAAGGAAGAUGCUGGUACAUAUGUUCACUUUGCCAUUUUACAAGCUGCCAUUGCCUGAAAAUUUGAAACAAUUAAGCAAUUUUAACAAAAAAAUUUUAAAAUGAGCUUCAGGUAAACUUAAUUCCAUAAAUAAGCGUUUUUAUGUCCUAGCCUAAGGUUAGGUUUGUUCACAGUUAUUAACUGCUAAUAAAAAAGUUAGUCAAAAAAGUCAAAAUUGUUUGUUUGCAGUUAUCAGAGACAAUGUCAUAUGUUAGAAGGGACAAAAAACAAAACAAAAACAUAGUUUGUUCGCAAUUAGUAACUACGAACAAACAUAAUUUCCACUUUUUCUGUCUCUUCUAAAGUUAUGACAUUGUCACCUUUUGUUCGCAGUUACUAUCUGCGAAGAAAUAAUUUUGAUUUUUUUUACUAAAUUUUAUGUUCGCUGUUACUAACUGCGAACAUACCUGACCUUAGGCUUGAAUUUGGAGACGCUUAAUUUUGAAAUUUAGUUUACCCGAAACUCUUUUUUUAUUUUUUCAGUUAAAAUUGCUUUAUUUGUUUCAAUCUUUCCCAUUGCCUCAGGAGGAGGAUAUUGUUAUGUAUGUCAUAUGAUUUGUAUUGUGAGCUUGAGACUUGUAGAGUCAAACUGUGGUGCAUACUGGUAAUUCAUCUGUUUGAGUCCACUCGAUUUUGAGUUGAUUUGUUUAGGUGUUUAUGGGCAGGUUAUCCGUCAGGCUCGACUUACUCGGUUCGAAAAACGAACGUACUUAACAAUAAUUUUGGAAAAAGAAAUCAAUUUCCCUUACCCACAAGACUUGUUAAUUUUUGAAAUUGGAUCAAGUUCGGAUCCGUAAAAAUCAAAAUAAUUGGGUAAA